CGAAACUUCAAAAGGCUAUUCUGUGUGUUCCGUAUAAGUCAAAUGACUAUAGAAUGAAUCGAGAAGCGAGAGAAAUGGCCCUGGAGCGUGGCAAGGCAUUGUUCCCGAACUGGAUUGUGUGGGGUGGGGUCAGCUAUGCCUCCUCGCGACUUACCAGUAUGAUCACUGCCAAUGUCAGUAGGGACACAUUUGUAUUCUAAGUAUGAUAUAAUUAAUUAAAAAGCAAGCUUGUUUAUAAUAAACUAUUUGUAUAGUACAGCGCGGACUAAAACCAUGGACGAUACGAUGUUGGCGCAAUUCAAGAGUCCGAAUCAAGGAUCGCUUUCCUCAUAUACGUCAUCGCCCGUGACCUAUCCCAACACGAUCUCGCAAUCGCUAUCCAUGCCAGUCGUACCUGGAAUGCCGUCCGGAACCCCUAUCUUUACGAAAAGCUCCCCGCUAGCCAUUGCAAUGGUGACAGGUAUCCAGGGCUUCACAUAUACGGCCGACAUGUCAGAGCCUUCAUACUGGAUACAAAACAUGGAUCAUUUCCAUCUCCCUGAGUAUAUCUCCAACUUUUCAAUCGCUCUUCCUCCGCUGCGUGAGCCAUCGCGCCUAGUGUCUUAA